UGGUAUCAUGGUAUUCACUUAGCCGUUUGUUGAGUUGAUAUUUUUCUCAGUGUGAGGCUCUGUUUCCUAAUUUUUGUAGUCAAGUUCGUUCAGUUGGUGUUUGGCAGUCAAAGCGCGCGGAGUGUGAACUAAAAUUUUGGUGAAUAAGCUAAUUAAUGUGUGUGUGCUAAAAUAUCCUUUAAAAAAAAGUAAACAGUCUUUUGAGUCAAAAGCAAACAGUGCUUAAUUAAAUUACUCUCCAGUGUGUUGAACAAAAUUUGCAGCUUAAGUGUUUUUGGCGCUGACGCAAGAUGACAACAAAACCGAAUUUUGAUUUUGAGAAGCAGGGCACGUUGACCAUAGGCCCGGUGGAUGACGAUGAAGUCGAUCGCAUUGCGGCGAGCUUCAAAGGACGCAGUCUGUUUAUAACAGGAGGCACAGGUUUUCUGGGCAAGGUGCUGGUGGAAAAGCUGCUGCGCUCGUGCGGUGAAUUAAAUCGCAUUUAUUUGCUUAUACGACCGAAGAAGGGCAAGGAUCCACAGGAGCGCAUUAAGGAUAUAUUUCAGAAUGUGCUCUUUGACCAGGUGAAACAGCUGCGUGGUGAGGCAAAUAUACAGAAGCAAGUUGUAGCCAUAGCUGGAGAUGUGCUGCUGCCAGGCUUGGGCAUAUCCGAGCAGGAUCUGGAGACGUUGCGCAAUGAGGUGUCUAUUGUUUAUCAUUGCGCAGCAACUGUACGUUUCGAUGAGCCACUGCGCAAUGCCGUUUUUAUGAAUACGCGCGGCACCAAGUAUAUGCUGGAGCUGGCUUGCACUUUGAAGCGUUUGGAGUUCUUUGCAUAUUGCUCCACUGCCUAUUGCCACUUGCAUGUAAAAACUCUCUACGAGAAGCCCUACGAUCCGCCAGCGGAUCCGCACAAAGUCAUACAGGCAUGUGAGUGGCUGACCGAUGACGAGGUGUCCACCAUUGAGCGCAAAGUAUUGGGCGACAUACCCAACACCUAUGCCUAUACCAAAUCCUUAGCAGAGGCGCUGGUUGUAGAGAAGUUCAACGAACUGCCUGCAGUUAUUCUGCGUCCAUCUAUAGUCAUACCCAUUUGGAAGGAGCCCAUACCUGGCUGGACGGAUAAUAUUAAUGGACCUACAGGUUUGCUCAUUGGCGCCGGCAAAGGUGUCAUACGCACCAUGUACUGUAAUUCGUCGGGCUAUGGUGACUUUCUGCCCGUGGAUGUUGCUGUCAAUGGCAUUUUGGUGGCUAGCUGGCGUAAUAUUACAGAAGGCACGUCUAGCUCAAAUCGAGUUGCGCAUAUGACGUCAUCAAAUGAUAUUAAAGUCUCUUGGGCCGAGAUCAUUGAGUUAGGACGUUGGGUCAUUGAGAAUAAAGUGCCCUUGAAUGGCGUGGCUUGGUAUCCUGGUGGUUCCAUGAAAUCCAACUAUUGGGUUCACUACAUUUGCAUGGUACUCUUUCAAUGGAUUCCUGCUCUCUUUGUUGACGCCUUGCUCUGGCUUUUGCGCUAUCCUCCUGUCUUAUGUCGUGUUCAGAAUCGUAUUUCAAAAGGUUUCGAGGUCUUUGAGUACUAUGCUAACAAUGUUUGGAGCUUUGACAAUUCGCAGGCCCUCAAGUUUCGCAAGCUUAUGAAUAAUAGGGAACGCAAAACAUAUGUAAUAGAGAAAAUUGAUCUUGAUUUAAUUGAUUACUUCACAAACUGUGUGUUGUGUGCACGUCGCUUGAUUCUUAAGGAAUCUGACGAGUCUAUACCUGCAGCCAGGCGUCACAUGAAAAUCAUGUGGGUUGUGGACAAGAUCUACAAGGGCAUGUGGCUUUUUGGCAUUUUGUAUAUGCUUUAUAAAUGCUUCUUUGCCAGUUAGACUCAGCUUCAUUUAAGUUAAGUGCUUAAGACCAAAAUUUUAACAGCCUUGAAUUGGCCUGGUUGUUUCAUUAUAUUGUGUUUUAGUUUUAGUUGGUGUUGAUACGAUGUUUAAAUAAAUGUUAGUAGUAUGAG